UGACGUGGUGAGAGCAGUGAGUGUGUACGGCGUCAUCCCAGGCGGAGGAGGUGGAGGCAGAGCUCCGUCUGUGCCCUGCUGAGUGCGAGAGACAAGCGCCAUCCGUCAUCAUGGGCAUCCGCAAGAAGAGCAGCAAGACCCCACCGGUGCUGAGCCAUGAGUUCAUCAUCCAGAACCAUGCCGACAUCGUCUCCUGCCUGGCCAUGCUCUUCCUGCUCGGGCUCAUGUUCGAGAUUACAGCAAAAGUGGCAGUUAUGUUUGUCACAUUACAGUAUAAUGUCACCAUUCCAGUAGAAGGUGUUCUAGGUGAACCAGUUUCAUUCUAUCACUACGGCAUCAAAGACAUGUCAACGGUUUUCUUUUACAUGCUUGUGGCAGUUAUAUUACAUGCUGUCAUACAAGAAUAUGUCCUGGAUAAAAUUAACAGGCGCAUGCACUUCUCCAAGACAAAACACAGCAAGUUCAAUGAGUCCGGGCAGCUGAGUGCUUUCUACCUUUUCUCUUGUGUAUGGGGGACGAGCAUCAUUGUCUCGGAGAAUUAUUUCGCAGAUCCAACAAGUUUAUGGAAAGGCUACCCGCACACCUACUUCCCAUUCCAGAUGAAGUUUUUCUAUAUUUCACAACUGGCCUACUGGUUCCAUGCCUUCCCUGAACUUUAUUUCCAGAAAACAAAGAAGGAAGACAUACCUCGUCAGCUGGUGUAUAUUGGACUAUAUCUCUUUCAUAUUAUAGGCGCAUAUGUAUUAAACCUAAAUCACCUCGGCCUUGUUCUGCUGGUUCUUCAUUACUUCGUAGAGUUUCUGUUUCACAUCUCUCGACUUUUUUACUUCAGCAAUGAGAAAUAUCAGAAAGGGUUUACAUUGUGGGCUAUUCUGUUUGUCCUGGGGCGUCUUCUUACCCUCAUACUAUCUGUUCUUACUGUCGGAUUCGGACUCGCUCGAGCAGAGAACCAGGUUUUGGACAUCGAUUCUGGAAAUUUCAAUAUUCUAGCAAUCAGAAUCAGCGUGCUGGCAUCUAUUUGCAUAACUCAGGCAUUUAUGAUGUGGAAGUUCAUUAAUUUCCAGCUGAGACGGUGGAGAGAGCACUUAUCCCCACAGCCUUCCCAGAGGAAGAGAACUGUUCCUUCCAAGGGCAAGAAAGGAAAAGAAAACGGCGUUAAUGGAACAGUAACCUCGAAUGGAGCAGAUUCUCCCCGCAGCCGAAAAGAAAAACACUCCUAGAAAAAAAAAGGGGGGGGGGGGGGAAGUCAUUUUGCAGUUGAUGUACUCUGCUCCCAAAGAGAAGUUGCCUUGUGCUGUACAGAGCCCCACAGAGCUAGAAUUCUUACUGUUACAAUAAAUGUUUCUAAGCAACCAUAUGCCAUGACCUUCAAGACUAUCUGUGACGCAUACACGAGAAAGGUGGCCACUUUAGGCGCUGGAACGAUCAUGGACCACAUACCCUAUCCAUUCACUAGUGACGACAUCAUUCUGUAAGGCACUUCAAGCCACAGUCAUGUUAUGGCCUCUGGUGAAUUGAUGGGGUGUGCAUUGGUUCAGCCCACAAAUUGGCUGCCUCCUGCGUAAACGGUGACAGGUAUACUUACCUGACUGUACAGGGUGUCUUUCCUUUUUUUUCCUUUUUUAAUAUUUUCAUUUUUAGCAUUUUUUUUUUAUGCUAGAACUGUCACAAUCAAAAUUCAGUGCUAAAUAGGACAAAAUAAUUGGCCUUUUAGGGGGAUUUCCAGUUUAAGUGGAAGCCCUCUAUCUGUUUGGUCACCUCGGUAUAGUAAAACAGAAAUUUUACCCCCAUCUGCAGCUCCUACAUUGUGUCAGGGAUUGUAACUGUACAGUUAUCGGCAGCACCAUUGCUGGUAAAAUCUAUUCUUAUAGUUUGGUCAUGGAAUACAGUAGAAUUUCUAUGCACCAUUACCUCCGAUAGCCAAAUAUCAUUCCACCCACACUAGAAUGAGAGCAGGAUAUUAAAGAGUCCUUUUUAUUGUAUAUAUUGAAGGUUUGCCAGAGGUGGCGCCCCUAAAGGGGAGUGUCUAAUCACAUUGGACAUUUGAAAUUAACAAAGAAAAAGAUUGGCUUAUCUCUCCCUGGGGAGGGCGCUGCCACAAGUCAUUUAGGGGGGGGGGGACCCUACUUGAGUUAGUCAGGGAGGAGCAGUUCCCCGUUUAUCCAAUGCAACAUGGUAUAUCAAGUAAGUCAAAGCCGAAUGUAUCAAGAUCCACAAUCAAUGAAUAAUAAUGGGGUACAAAAACUGGAGUCAUUUUUUAACAUUUUCGCAAAACUGCAAAAGAGUAUUGGUAAAAAUGUCCUUUUCCUGUUGUACAGUUCCAGCAUCCUACUCUUUUGAUAUGCCAACUGAAAUGUUUAAAAGAUGUAAAUGCUGUGAUACAUGUAUUUUCACUUCAGUUUUUUUAUAAGCCAAUGUUUUUUUCUUAUUUGAUUAAAAACAAUAAAACAAAAAAUUGAA